CGCAGCUCAUGUGCGCGAAGCAAACACUGGGCGAAUCAUGUCAGCAGGCGUGGCAUCAAGUAAAAAUGAAAGUGUCCUGGCGUUUAUGCUCAAGGCAGACGUCCUGCCGUUACUGACGCAACAAUACACAACGGACUUUCCAGUUAUCGGUGGACUUGUCUUUAACCCGCUUCUGAAGUGGAGGAUCCCCGCGCGGACUGAGAAUUAAAGGAAUCAAAAUGAGCUAUCGGCGAUUUUACUACGAUACCUAUAAGUAUCCAGCCGAGUCAGCAGAAAGGUACCAUGGCUUGAUCAACCAAGGAGCGACGUGUUACUUGAACAGUGUGCUGCAGGUUCUGUUCAUGACCAAAGACUUCAGAGAGGCCGUGAAAAGGCACACCAAGAAAAACCAUGACUCUGAGUCCAUUGACCAUCAUCUUACAACCUUGUUUGAUGACUUGAGCAAACGCACAACUCAUACAUUUAACAUCACAAGGAUGCUGGGCAUCAGCAGAGAGUAUAUACAACAGGAUGCUGCUGAGUGCCUUGAGAAGAUUCUGGGUAGUCUGACCAGUACUGAGGCAUCACAGCUAUUCCAAGGACAGCUGAUACACAAGAACACAUGCUCCUCGUGUGGCAAAGAGACAAAAACCCAUGAUCCAUUUUGGAGUCUAACCCUUGAACUGGUGGAAUCUGACAAAAAGGCCUACACUGUGAUGGACGGCCUUGAGAAGUAUUUCAGACCAAAAGAAAUCAAGGGACCAAAUCAGAUGUACUGUGACAGCUGUGACGCCAAAGCUGACUCUACUACUGAAUUUGUAGUAAAGCAUCAUCCAGAAAUUCUGACUCUGCUGUUGAAGAGAUUUAAGUUUGACUUCCGUCGCAGGGAAAAUGUGAAAAUCAAAAGCAGUGUGGUGGUUCCCUACACCCUACAGAUAUCAGAGCAUCAGACAUAUGAACUGUAUGGAUAUGUGGAGCACUAUGGAAGUCUGAAAGGUGGACACUACACUGCUACAGUCAGGUCCCAGGACGACAAUGAAUGGUAUAACUUCAAUGAUACCUUUGUCAGACAGCUUGAUUACAAGCAUUUCCAGCUGGAUAACAAUGAGAAAUCCCACACUGCUUAUCUCCUUUUCUACAGGAAAAAGACAAUCCAAAAGCCUGCUGCAAACACUUUGACUCCAGACAUCGGUGAGGCGUCCACUCCUGAACACCAGGAGGACAAACAGGAACAUUACAGCCUUGAACGUGAGGCUGACAAAGUGAACCUGGCAGCAUAUGUAAAGGUAAAAGAGGACGGCGAAACUGGAGCUAAUGAAAGUGAGAAGGCAGCAGGGAGUGGAGACUCUUCUGAUUAUGAGCGUCAGGACAAUAGAACAGCUGGUGAUAGUGAACACAGCACAGCAAAGACUGAUCAGGAGCGUCAACGACUAAACAGUAACUGUUCAUGUAGAGAAAAUGAGGAAGAGACAGAGGAGGGACAGUGUUCAGGAGGAGGUCAUGGCCAUGUGGACAAUGAGGAAGAUGAUCAGACGGUAAAAGGGACAGCUGAGAAAUACGAGCGGUGGCCUCAGGACAAUAAAAGAGGUGGUGGCAUUCAUCCAAGCAAACAAAAUGAUCAGGGGUGGGAAAAGCAAAUGAAAAGCAAGUCAAGAAAUAAUUAUCCAAGGGAGUCUUCUGUGGAAACAGAGAGGGAAGACAGAAGGGACAGAAGGAGAGACGAUAAACAUACAGACCGGAGAGGCAGGUGGGACAGACAUGGUGGCAUGAAUGUAGAGGAUUGGAACAAUGGACUGCCAAAUGUUAGUCAGUGGAGACAUCAGACAGGCAGAGAUUUUGGUGUGGACAGGCAGUCCAGAGACAAGGUAGAGACAGGACAUAAUGAACAUACUCGAAAUAGAGACAGCAGGGAUGUUAGACACGGAUCAGAAUAUACAGUGGGAAGUCCCAGCCAAUCAGAGAGGGCAGUUCUGAAAGUCCAUAUUCGUGCUAAAAGUCAUUCGACCACAGGAACACAGUAACAAAAAAAUCACUGGGAUAGAAGAAACAGAUAAUGAGAAAAAAUUAGUUCUUCAUGACUUGCAUGUCAUGUGGGGAUUCUUGUAUUAUCUUAGUUCUUAAAACACGCUUUGCAAACUUGUACUGUACUUGUCAGAAAUCAGUCAACAAUACUGGCAGUGCUAUAAAAUUUAUUGGGAUUAAUAAAAUAUAUGUAUCUGUCCAGCUAUAAAUCUUCAUGUCAUGUUGAUCCACAGGGUUCUUGUAUUUUGUUUUAGAUCAGUUAGUAAUCAGACUGUGUGCACAGAACUGCAAAAAAACCCCCCAACAUAUUUUAGCUUAGAUUUUUUUUUGUUUUUUUGUUUUGUGUGUUUUUUUAUAUCACAUUUUCAGUUUUUUUUGUUGAUGUAAAAUGUGACACUUUCCUGUUUACCAUACAAUUGUUUCUGUGUAAUGAAAAUGUAAAAUGUUUAAUGAGAGAGAGAGGGUUGUUUUAUGUUAAAUUACUGAUCAACUGCAUCGGUUUGUAAUAGAAAGUAGGGCAAUGAAAAUAACUUCAGUGACAUUUACAGUUCAUACAGUUGGAGACGUAUUGACGUAUUUUAUAUUAAGAAUUUAUUGUUGAAUUGUUCAGAGAAACAUGAAUAGUGCUGAAUAUCACAUGUAAAAUGGUUUCAGAUAAAAGUUUGUUUGAAGAAAUAAAAUUCAAAUGUAAACUCA